CUACCCCCAGGGCGCUCCGCGGCGUCAGAAGCGGCCCAAACGGGAACAGUCGGCAGAUGCCGGUCCCGCUGCGCAGGCUAAGGAUGCUUCCGACGGCAGCCCGUGGCCCGCACUACCUCACACCGUGCUGUGCGAAGUGCUGUCCCUGCUGGACCACGAGGACGUGGUGUCGGUGGGGCAAACCUGCCGGUCCUGGCGGCAGGCGGCCCGCCACCGGGACGUGUGGCGACAGCGUGAGCUGCAGUACCAAGUCACCGACUACAGGAGUCCACACUUCAGCCACCACUGGCAUCGCAACGCUCGACGGUUUUCUCGUCUCGCUCGCUUCGCGCCGUGCGCCGCCUUGGUUUGCUGCAACCGGGGCAUGUUGCCUGCAGCGAGGAAGGCCCUGUUCACUCAAUCUAAGUGUCAGCCAAAAGCGGUGGAGUUAAAUGGAGCUACGGUAGCGUCGGAGAAGUACAUGAAAAAAUGGCAGGAGUUUAUUGAGGACGUGACUUUGCUGAAUCCGACCCGUGCGAGUCUAAAAGCAGCUGUGCGCCUGCCAAGGCUUGCGAGCCUCAGUGUCAAAUUCAAGUUUGACGCGUACAACAGAGACUACGAAGUACCCUCGCUUGAAGGGCCUGGCAGUACCACUCUCAAAACACUGAAGUUGUACGAACGGGUGCACUUCUCUGGUGUGGACUCCCUGAUUCGCGCACACGCGACCACACUCGAAGUUGUUUCGGCCUAUUGCCUCCCUGGCGAGGCUCUGUCCGUGUGCACCGCGUUGCGCCGGCUAGCGCUGGAUGUGUAUCCCGAGACGGACGAAGAGCGUUUGUUGAAGCUGCUCAGGGCCAAGAAGCCUCUGGAGCGACUGGACUUCCAAAGCUUCAACUGCCACAACGCGCGGGCGUGCAGUGCCCUCCGCAGUCGGAUCAAGGCCGAGGGUCUGGUCCGGGGCGACGUCGGCUGCGACUCGUGCGAGAGGGGCGGCCCCGUCCUCGUCGACCCGCACCGGAUGCGGGGGCGACCCUCCUAGCCUCCGAAAGUGCCAAACUUCCAGAAGCCGAGUCUCGUUGGCUUCGAUCUCUGUCUUACUAUAUUUAUGGGUUUCUUUCGCUGUUCAUUGUUCGCUUCGACCGAGGCAACAUGAAUGCAAAUGUUCUUACAUUGAAAGGCCCAUUGUAAAUCGUAAAUGUGAGAAAUUUUUUGCCAAAUAAACUUCAGUUCUGUAGAAUAAUUUUCA